AUGUCGGUUCCUUUUCAGCGUUUCCCCCGAGUCCAAGAGGGCGAGUUCUCUGUCCUGGUAUACUUCAGUGUCAUCUGCCCUACAGAACACGACGGCAAGCCGCCGCACGGGAUAGAGUACUAUGAGCUACGGAUGUACAGAAGAGGCCCCAGCACCUGUCGAGAUGAAGAUGCGGAAAAAUGCCGGGAACUUAUCACUAGUCCCGAGAUCUGCGCUAAAGACAAAGUUUUUGCCCCUCAUUGUCCGAAGACGUGCGGCAAAUGCACGUCCGCUCAAGUAUCCGAUAUCAACGCCAGGCGGUGCUGGUUUGAACCCACCCUGCACGGAGAGUGGACUCUACAGGACAAAGGCGGCUCUGCGGAAGUGAAGAUAGACCGAGCCCAAGUAGCUUUCUCACAUUUUUCUUCUUUCCAAUGUCUGGAGUCAGAUACAGGCGGCUUGAGGUACAAGACAGCUACUGUGUUUGACAAUGGAUGUGCCCCGCGAUACAGCUGUAUGGAGUUCAAACGCCGGAAUAACAACUUAUUACAGUAUCGUAUCAGCCCUAGCGAGAGAAAUGAACUAAAAACGGAGGAUUUGUGCGUGUUCCGAGACGACCCAUCGCCAUUGCAGGACACAUAUCGAAGCUACUACUACAAAAACCUCGUCCGUAAGCAACAUAGUGUUAAUGUUUUGAACUUAACCGAGUAAAAUUAAAGUCCAGCACCACAAUGUUUGCUAUAACUUGAUUACUUUUGUCGGCUCACCUUAAAAAUAAUCAUUCUAGCCCUCUAAUAAUUGGGAACGUCUGUUUUCGAAAUAUUGUAUUAUAGUACACAACGUUUGUGUUAUACUGUACCUGGUUGUUUUUGUUUCUUUUUACGGGGUGGGGGGUGU